UCAUAGGAAAAACAAACAUGUUAGCAAAAUAAAUAAGAAAAAGAUGUAAAGUUGAAACAAUACUAUACUAAUUAAUAAUACCGAUGAAAAUAAUGAAUCAGUUAUACUGUGAUGUGAUGUGAUCUUUAUUUAUUGAAAAAUUUCGACGUUCGACGAAUGUGCGAAUCAUUCACUAAUCACUGUGAUGCAUCACUUGAGAAGAUAGGAUGGGUUCUACUCAAGGAGAAAUACGUGUUGGACCAUCUCAUCAGGCCAAGUUACCGGAUAAUCGUUUGAACGGAACUGAUUCGAGUCCUGAUCCAGAAUUUAGUAAAGAAAGAGAAGAAAUAAGAUGGGUUCCCAGCAUGGCUUUGGACGGCGAUCUCGUCAUGUAUUUGAGAGCUGCAAGAUCAAUGGCUGCAUUCGCCGGUAUGUGUGAUGGUGGCUCUGCUGAAGACGGAUGUAUUGCGGCUUCAAGAGAUGGCACUACAAUCAAUGCCAUGGAUGUGUUACAUGAUUCUAAUUACGACCCUGGUAAAGCCCUACAAGCAUUGGUGAAAUGCCCUGUUCCUAAAAGCAUCGAGAAAAAAUGGACUGAAGAAGAAACUAAACGUUUUGUCAAAGGAUUACGUCAAUUCGGCAAAAAUUUCUUCCGAAUUAAAAAAGAUUUACUCCCUCAUAAAGAUACGCCCGAAUUGGUAGAAUUUUAUUAUUUAUGGAAAAAGACUCCCGGUGCCAAUAACAAUCGACCGCAUAGACGUCGACGACAAGGAUCAUUGCGACGGAAUCGAAAUACUCGUAACACCAGAGGAGGCACUCCGAAAGAAGAAGUCUCAAGUAAUAGCUCAAGGCCAUCUCCAAGUUCUAAAGAUCAAGGCGAGGCCAGUUCAGGAAGUGACGACGACAAUGAUAAUUCCUACGACGAUUCGGAUUCCCGAGAAAACGGUGGUUACCGUUGUCAACAUUGCUUUACAACAAGUUCUCGAGAUUGGUUACAUGCGCCUAAUGGUCCAAAACAAGGAGCUUUGCUUUGCUACAACUGCCGUACUUAUUAUAAACAAUACGGUGAAUUACCACCGGCCAAUCGAAGUGAAACGUAUUUAUUCCAACCUGUGCAAAAUGAAUCCCCCGAAGGUUCGCCUGGCCGAAUGAGGACGAGAAAUAAGGCGAAAGAAACGCCCACGAAAGAAAAAUCCACCAAAGCCAAACGAAGUGAAACCACCACACCGGAGCCUGAAAGUGAUAAAAAAUUCAGUAAUUCGACCGCUGAUUGUAAAUCCCCCAGUAAUGUUAAUUCACCCAGCGAUAAAUCGAAAAGAAAGAGUAAACCUGAACAAAGUUCUAGCCGUAAACGAACCAACAUCAUGCAAUCAGAUAGUGCUCCGAAACGUAAACGAGGUCCCGAUAGCGGUUCCGGUGAAUCGGAUAGCGAGUCUUUGCUCGACGAAGUUGACUCAAACAGCCCUGCUCAAAAUGUCGAAGAAAAACCAAAGUCUGAAAUUCCAGUUGCGCCUCCAUUGUUACCAAUUGCAGAAUUAGCUAGGCAAGACGAAACCGAUGUCAAAAAUAAUAACCCUGAUCCAGCUGCUGUCUUUCCUCCUGUACCAUCUCCUGGCGCCAAAGAUACCGCAAUUUCUGAUAAAUCUCCGGUGAAUUUAGGUGUCGGCGAAGACAGCUCCGAUGCGAAAAAUUCGAAUACAGCCGAUUCCAAGGAUAAAGAAUAUUCUGCCAGAGUGGAAAACGUACCAACAGCAUCGAGCAAACCGUUCACCGAAUACGAUAGUUCGUCGAAUUCGGCGGUUAAAAACGAAGGUAUAUUUGAUUCUCCUUCGCCAGACAAAGAUGAAAUUUUACCCCCUGUAUUGACUUCCGAAGAAAGCUACGUACCCAAAGAUGAAAUGCCUACUUUACACGCCAGCACAAAUCUGCCCGAUUCGAUGACCACAACUUCGUCGUAUUCGAACGAAAUGAAUUUGAAGUAUCCGGGCGGUUACCUUUCGCAAAUAGAAGUAGCCAUAGAUGCGAUUAAAAUGGAACCUGGUUUGCAAUCCAGUGAUGAAAAUAGUACCUCGGAACCGGCGAAUAAACCGAAUUUAUCCGAAUCGUCUGCACCUCGUCCUGAAUCGCCGACAUCGUUCAACCGUCAACCUGUAGCCUCGUCUCCGUCUCCUAUACCGUAUUCUCACAUUCCUCCCGAGUCGCCGAGACAAUCGAUGGAUCAGAAUCCAGAUAAAUCUUCGCAAUCGGUGCUGUUACCAACUUAUAUUUAUAAUGAAAACGAAAGAGGCGACAAAACGUUGAAUCCUACCGGUGUACCGCCCGGAUCGUUGAAUUUGGCUCAACAUCAUUCCGCCUAUAAUCCUUAUUAUCAUUUUCCACCGCAUCCUCACGCUGAUAAAAUGGAACCGUCUCCUUAUCUAGGCCCUAGUGCUCUGCAAAUGGAACCUCAAGAUUUGAAGAUAAAACAAGAGGUUAUACCACCCGAUCAACGACCUCCAUCCGUUGAUCCUUUACAAUCGUUGAAAGAAGUUAAAGUACCGGGUUACUCGAAUACAUCUAUUUCACAGCCGCUUUUACCGACCACUACGAGCUCCGCUAUAUCGCUGAACGCGAUGGAAUCAUCGCAGCAUCCAGUGAGCAACAGGUCGGAUUCCAAUUCACCGUACAUGUCUAACGUACCCAGCGAAGAUAUCAAAAAGGAAUCCGAAUCAUUCAACUCGGCCAGAGUAUCAACACCUCUGAAAUCUCCGAGUUUGAAUUUAUCGAAAUUAUCCAACGAUAUUCCUCGUAACCUGUCUCCAAAACUAUCCCACACUCCGCCCUAUCAAUCGGCUCCGUUAACUACGCAGACAUCGACUCGAACACCUUCGUCGUCUCCAAUCAGUACUUCAACGGCUGGCCCUCUGGUAGCUCACGCGUCUCAACAAUCCUCUCCGUUGAAUCGUUCUUCGCCCGCUCAUCUGGCUCAUCCUCAUGCCUAUAUGCCGCCCAUGCACCCGCAUCAGCAUUAUCUACAGCAUUCUCUUCUGGCUGCGGCAGCUGCAGCUCAUGCUGCAUCCGUACAUCCUCCUUAUUCGCAUCAUCCGUAUCCGUAUCCGUAUCCUUUUGCGUACGGUCCGUAUCCUAUACCUCAACCUAUUCCUCCGCCUAGACCGCUAGAGAACCAAAAACGUGAAAUCGAAGGACCUACUACACUGAUGACCGCACAUCAUUCGUCAUCUUCAUCUUCGUCCGUUACUACAAGAUCGUUACGAGACGAAGAUUCGAAUGUGCAUUCGCAAGAGAUAACUCAAACUCAUCACCAUUCUUCGUCACAUCACGCUUCCAUUCAUCAUCAUAACGAAAAACAGACGAUCUCGCAUUCGACUAGUUCGAGUAGCUCGGCAUCGGUGCAGCAUAAAGUGAAAAGGAGUUCUAGUCCUCAGCAUUCAUCUUCUACCUGUCACGUUUCGGCAACUUUAUCGCAGUCUACUUCAUCAUCAGUGUCUACUAAUCAUGGUCAAAGUACUCAUCACAGUCAUCACCACCAGCAUACUCAUCAUCAUCAAUCAUCAUCUGGUGAACGUUUAUCGCCACUGAUGAAUAUGCCGAUGUCAUUAGGACCUGGGGCUGUUAUGCCACCGACUCAUCAUUCAGGCCUUUCGUUGCCUGGAUUACCUCCACCGCCUUCUGGUUCCCUAGAAGCUCUGCGAGCUCAUGCUCAUACAGCUGCUAAUAUGCAUUCGCCGUUACAGUUACAGCCUUCUCCUCACAGACCUCCGGAUGAAGAUGAUAUACCCAGUCCGACGAAUCAUAUACCAAAAGGACCAUCACCGGAGCCGAAAAUCGAAGAUAGCGAAUGUCAUCGUAGUCAAAGUGCAAUAUUUUUACGUCAUUGGAAUCGAGGCGAUUAUAAUUCCUGCGCUCGUACAGAUCUCACAUUUAAACCAGUGCCUGAUUCGAAAUUGGCUCGUAAACGAGAAGAACGCAUUAGAAAACAAGCGGAGAAAGAACGAGAAGAAAGGGAGAAAAAUCAAGCUAGAAAAAUUACCACUCCGGAUAAGCCAGAAACGGCCAAACCUCCGUCUCGUGGUCCCAUCGAAACAAUCACCUCACCUUACGAUCGUUUCGCUCGUGGUACUCCGUACGGCGAUACGCCAGCGUUGAGACAGUUGAGCGAAUACGCAAGACCUCAUACUGGUUUUUCACCUGUAGCGUUACAGCGUUCGGCUGCUUCUCUUGGGCUACCGCCGCAUUGUAUAGAUCCUAUGUUACAAUAUCAGCUCAAUAGUAUGUACGGACCAACGCCUCGAGAUAGAAUCGAACUGGAACAAAUAGAACGCGAAAAACAGCUUCGUGAACGUGAAAUUCGAGAAAUGAAAGAGAAAGAAUUCAAUGAUCGGCUUAGAGACGAGCUUAUAAGAUCAGCCACCGGGUCUAGGAUCCCUAAUCCUAUGGAUCCUCAUUGGAUGGAUAUAUCAAGAAGAUUCACCGCAGUACAUCCAUUUGGACUCUACGCUACCGGACAACCCGCCAGUUUGUCGCCACUGGAAAGGGAACGACUCGAAAGAUUAGGUAUUCCGACCAUUGGGAAUGGUGGAUCGGCGGCGUUAGCUCUUGGCGCCGGGGCUGGUUUGGGGCCGCCGUCGGUUGCGCAAUUAGAAGCGGCGGAACGGUUGGCUUUGGCCACGGAUCCUAUGGUGCGUUUACAAAUGGCCGGUAUAUCGCCGGAGUAUCACGCUCACUCGCAGCACGCCCACACACACGCGCAUACCCAUUUACACGUGCAUCCGGGACAGCAGUCUCACUCUCAAGCUGCUCAGCAGUCCACAAUCCCCGAUAGUCCUGCGUUUUCUUUAGCAGGAACAGCUGCCGGACCUUAUCCUAGGCCUGGUUUGAUUCCAAGAGAAGCUUCUAUGGCGUUGCAUCAUCCCUCAGAAUUAUUACCCCGUCCAUACGCCGAUCAAUUGAUGCAUUCGGCGGCGGCUCAAGAACACUUACAAAGACAAAUGAUCUUGGAACGUGAACGAUACGCUCAUCCUGCUGCGUUGAUUCAACAACAACAAGAGGACCUUUUAAGGAAGUUAUAUUUAAUGUGAUGAAGAGUUGUGAUGUAAAUGAUUGUGUAGACAACAGAAAAUUCGCACAUUAGAAGAAGCAGCCAGAGCAUCUCGACCUUGAGAAAAUUCCUCGAUGUGAAGUUGAAAUUCUGCGAUAGAACAUUGUCAGCGUUGAAUCCCUCAACGUUUAUUUGGAGUUCUGUUCGAGUCCUCGAGUACGAUGCACAACACGAAGGAAUAAUUAACGAAGAUUUGGUUAUAAACCGUUCGUGGUUUUGUAUAAUUUUUUUUAAGUGGUUUUUUUUAAAAAAGAAAAUUCUGUAUAUAAAUAUUUUAAGACUGGUAGAAAAGUAGCGAUUGUGAAUAUUUUUUCUUAAUGUAUAAAUCACAAGGAAAGAUGCCUUCGAGUAUGGCACUAGCACGUUUAAUUUUUUUUAAUAUUUACUUCGCACUUGUAUAAAAUGUCAUUACUGCCUUUUUAAAAUUAUUAAUCUUGCGAGUUCGAGAUAUAGCUUUAUCGAAAUCAAUUAUGGUUGCUGCGAGAGCUGUAUGUUUGAUAGGAAUUUUUUGAUUUUUUUGUUUUGUUUUGGAAUAUGAACGAAGUUGUGAGAAUUUUUUUUUUUCUUUUGAGAUUUUACUUUAUUUUAAUCAUUUCCACCGUUAUAUUUUAUCAUUGAAUCACGAGUUGUACGCUCACUCAUUAAUAUAAUCGUAUUUUUAAGAAAAGGCUUAUGAUUAGCGAGGCGAUUGUGUAUUUUACCAUAGAUUAUUUUUCUUCCGAAGAAAAAUCGCGUAUUUUUAUAAAAGUAGAAACUUUGUACAUGAUGUAGAUAUAAAUAAAUACUUUAGAAAGUA